AGCAAAUAACAUCAGAAGAGAAACGGAGAGAAGACAUCACCGGAGAAGACAAGAACUGGACGUCACGUGAAGACUGAAACAAAAAAGUAACACAAAAAGCAAAGACAAUGAAGUGAUAAGAGAUUAAGUACUGAAAACUUCAGGCAAUAAAAGACUCAUUGAUUUACUAUUGAAAGCAACGCUCGAAACAAACACUUAUUUUAAUAGAUUUUAGUUUUCACUGUAAAUGAAUGCAUAAAAAGUUUUAACUAAAGUAACAAAAAGUCUCGACACAAACGCAACUCCAAAAUAGUCAUACAUUUGGGCCAUUGUUUACAUGUUUUGAUAUUUAUAUUAUGAUAUGAAAUAUCGGUUAAUAAUCUAAAUAAUAAUAUUAAUAAUAAUUGCAUUGAAUUGUAAUCCAAACGAAGCAGAGGUCGACUGAAAGUUGGCUUAACUUUAAGUAAAUUUUAUUUUUUCGAAACUGACUGUGAAUUACAUUGCGAUAUAUAUUCUGGACUAAUGGAUAGUCCGCCGUGGAAGGCCUUCCAGUUGCCAAACAAUCACACGAAUCACUCGAAUCACGACAACGCAAACCCAAACGUGAAUGUCUGCACCAGUCGUUCAUCGGUCUCAUCGCCUAAUAAUAGUAAUAUAUUUGCAAACAAAAGCAAUCAAAGCAAUCACUCCAACAACGAUUCCUCCAAUUCUUCUACGAGUGCCACACAAGGCUUCAGAGAAGCCGGGAUUGUCGAGAAACUGUUGGCCUCUUAUGGGUUCAUACAGUGUUGCGAACGACAGGCGCGACUCUUCUUUCACUACAGUCAAUACUCGGGAAAUAUCGAGCACUUGAAACUUGGAGAUCCGGUUGAGUUUGAGAUGACUUAUGACAGGAGGACCGGCAAACCCAUCGCCAGUUCUGUCGUGAAGAUCACAAACGAGGCCUUUAUGGCCGAGGAGUUGACUACUGAGAGAGUGACCGGUUUCAUCACCACAGAGUUGACAUCCGAGAGGGAGGGGAGGAUCGCCUACGAGAACAGAGGCGAAUGCUUUUUCCUACCCUUCGCUAAGGAUGACUUAGAAGACAACCAAAACCUCAAUUCUAAAGAUAGCGUCACUUUCUAUAUCGGAACCGAUAAGAGCGGCAGCUUAAGGGCCCGUCACGUGAAGCUCGAUAUCGCCACUCCUCAGAAGCACUCCGGAGUUGUUUGCACUUUGAAAGAGUCGUUUGGAUUCAUAGAGCGCUCCGAUGUCGUCAAAGAAAUAUUUUUUCAUUCCUCUGAAUGUAAAGACUUCAAAGACUUAGUUCUUGGAGAUGACGUGGAUUUCUGUAUCCAAAGCCGUAAUAACAAAGAAGUGGCGGUUAGUGUCAAUAAACUGACUCCCGGUUCAGUGGUCUUUGAGGAUGUGUCCGACGGAUGGUUUACCGGACGAAUCAUUAAGACGUUAGACCGUCAGAACGGCUCCCAUUCCAGUUCGAGUUCAAGUUCCAGAUCCCAAUCGACACUACCGUCUGGAACGUCUUCCGAACCCUUUCCCGGACGGAUAGCCUAUAACAACAAAAACGAUGAAGACAUUGAAAUACCGUUCGGCGAACGCGACGUCAGAGGAGAAUAUAGUUUCAAAUGCGACGAUUUGGUCACUUUCCAAGUGGUCACUGAUCGCAGGGAUGGCUUACAACACGCCUCAGGAGUUGAUCUCUUGGAAGACACUUUCACUGUAACCCAAGAACAUAGAGAACAGGGAUAUGUGGCCGCACUUAAGGAUUAUUACGGUUUCAUUAAGUGUUGGAACAGAGAGGGGACUCGAGUGUACUUCCGGGUCAGCGAAAUGCUUAACCCAAACCUAUCGCUUAAACUAAACGAUGAGGUGGAGUUCACUGUAGGCCCCGACCAGUCAUCCGUGGGUCGACUCCAAGCUUUACGUAUUAAACUACUUCCAGACGGAACUAUAUUCAAGAAUCUUCUCUCUCCUGUGAAACAACUUCCGGUGCAAAAGCAUCCCUCAAACGGAACUUAUCCGCACACUUACGAUGACUUCUAUCAAGUCAAUGGUUACGACACCGACUUUGGAAAGACCGAUGAUUUCCCGUUAAUAGACUUUACAAACCCUGAAGCAAACGAUAGGAACGGGACAUCGAAUGACGAGAAGUGCGCUCCGAAACCAUAUAACGGCCGCAAUUCGGACGGAAUCGUCGCUAAAAGCAAUUCCUGGUCUGAAAUCCUGUCUCAGUUGGACAUCGGAACCCAUUUGUCCGAAUCGAGUGAUUUGUUGACCAAUGCUUCCCAAUACGAGAACGACCGCCCUUUCAGUCAACAACCCUUGAAACCAAUGGUUAUUAACGAAUCCCUCGAUGAAGACAAUAAUCAAUCUUAUGACUCGCAAACACAAAGUGUGCCUAAAAUGAAGAAAGACUCCAAUAUUAAGGCUAAUGUCUUAUCGAAUUCAUCCCGAAAUACUCUUCACAUGAAGAAUGGAACCAAAUAUUCGAGUCGUGGGUUUGUGGUCGCACUGAAGGACUCGUUUGGGUUUAUUGAGACGGAAGACGGACAAAGAGAACUGUUCUUUCACUACAGUGUCUAUGACGGGAAUAUCGAUGUCUUAGAGUUGGGACAAGUGGUUGAAUACAACGCGUCGUUCAAGAAUUCAAAGCUAACGGCUCUCGCGGUCCGUAAGAGUCAGUCAAUUCGCAAACAGACCGAUGAAGUACAGCCCGAAGUACUGUCGGGUGUAGUCAUACGAACGGUGCGGACAUUCAAUCCCGAACAGAAUGAAUACACGGGUUUAAUACGUGUGGCCACCGAUUCGGCCACUAAUAGCACCGAAGGCGACGCUAAGACAGAGUACGAGUUUAGUAUGAUUUCACUCGAAGACAUCAACGAAUUCAUCCAAAAGGGAGACGCCGUUAAGUUCCAGAUUGGCUUCAAUGUGGCCGCAGACAAACACCGCGCCGUUCAUAUCAGACCCAUUCGUACCAAACAUCAGGGAACCGUUGAGUGCAUAAAAGGAAACUUUGGAUUUUUAAGUUAUGAAAACGAAAGCAAUAUAUUCUUCCACAUGUCGGAAGUGAAGAACAACUCAAACCUAGCGCCGGGAGAUUCGGUGGAGUUUGUUGUGCUGCACAGCCAACGGACGGGCAAAUACUCGGCCUGUAAUAUAGUGAAGAUCGGAGAGACACAAACGGCACGACCAGAGCGACUGACGCGCGUCAAAGUGGAGGAAACGGGUCCGCGUGUUGUGGUUAUCCGUAACCCCAGAGGUCCCGACGGAACCAAUGGCUUCAAACUGUGUCGCGAAAAGAGCGGUCAUUUGGGUAUUGGCUAUAUUGAUCAGGAACUGUUGUUGCAAUCGGUUAAUCGCAUCCAACUAUAUCUUGAGCCAGUGUCAGCUGAUAAUGACAAUCUGAAUGACUGUAUGACACGAGUGAUACCUCACGAGUGGAUACCUCCCACCAAAUGUCACAAUGAAUUGAGGAACUAUAAGACAGAACUCAUUGGGAAGUAUUGUUCGGCCAAAGAAGUGGUCGACAAUCCAUUGAAGCCAUUAGUUGUGAGUCAAACAGAAACCAAGAAACUAAAGACAAACACUUCUUCGGCCAACAAAUCCAAUGAAGUGAAGCCAACCAACACUUCUUGGAAUGGUUUGGAUCCGCUUUCGAUGGCUUUAAGUCUGCAGAAUAAGACCGAAAGCCAUCCCUUGGAAUCUUCACUAGAAUUGGAUAAAAACCCAAAGUCUUUGACAAAAGAGAGUCAAAUGACAAGUGAUUUCAUAGGAGAAGACUUUGAAGACUGGUCUUCGAUGAAGAGUUCGAUACUUAAUAAAUACACCACUUCUGAGAGGCUAUCAAUAAAGACAUCAUUCCUCAGCGGUUCGGCCAUAAGUGGCAGCACUUCUAUAGUUCGAAGUUCUGGCAAUACUUCAGUGACAGACAAAGUUCGUCACCGAUUGGAACAAUUGGAUGACUUCGAGGAGGGUUCUGUGAAAGAGAUGCUGAACUUGACUCAAACCGAAUACGUGAACCGAAUCGAUGAGUUGAAUGUCGCUCUUCACGAGUCCUGGAAUUCGGACCAAAGGGUGAAGGCCUUGAAGAUAGCCAUCCAGUGCUCCAAACUCUUAGCCGAUGUCUCAGUCAUUCAGUUCUAUCCGUCAAAGUUUGUGUUAAUCACCGAUAUAUUAGACAAUUUCGGUUCAUUGGUCUACAAACGGAUCCACUGCAAGGCGGGCUCAACGGCGGCGGCCAUCGAGUCGGCGCGAGAGACCUGUCGGAACUGGUUCUACAAAAUCGCUUCCGUUCGGGAACUCAUUCCCCGGUUUUAUGUCGAAACCGCUAUUUUGAAAGUCUAUGGCUUUUUAAUCGACAAGAAUGAGAUCCAAACGGAAUUCGAGAGGGCUUUGAAGCGAUUGACAAAAAUGAUUCGCGGAAUCGGAGACCCAUUGGUCAGCGUCUACGCCAGAGCCUACCUCUCGAGGAUCACUGUCCAAAUCGCACCCAAAUCUAAGCAUAUAUUUCAGAACAAUUUCAAUGACUUUCUUCGGUCUCUCAAUCAGCUGUCCCCGACUUUCACCGAUCAUAUACUGAGUGCUCAAAGGAUUGAACUCUCAGUCUAUUAUACUUUAUUUAGUCCGGCGUUGGAUUGGAUCGUGUAUUGCAUCGCAUAUAAGGCAUCGACUGGUCUUCUCAUCGAAACUAUCAAACAGUUUGAAGACAACUCUAACAACAGUCUUGACGACAGCUGUUCCGCACUUAUACUCAAUUCACUGCUCACUUGCUUUCCGUCCCAAUUGAUUGCAUCAAAAGCCUUAGAAUUUCUCGAUUUAAUCAAAAGAGUGAACGGAAAGGCAACGGCUGGUGACUCUUCCGGUUAUCCCAAAUAUGUAUUAAUUAGGAAUUUAGGCAUUGCUUUGGUUUCCAAACACAAUCUUAUUAUAGAAUUGGAGGACAAAGAAAAACUUCAAAUUCUGAACGAAGUUUGGAAACUAUUAAAUAAAUUCAAGCAAAACACUGAAUAUAUGGCUUGUGUUGAAGUUUGGAUUGAAUUCGUUGUGAAAUAUUUUACACUUCGAGAGAUUAAUACACUUUUAGGCGAAAUAAUCAAACGAAUGCAACCGAACCGAGCCUUUGAACAGCACUACAACCAAUUGGUUGGACUCAUGUCCAAAGUGGUCACUCAGAGUCCAAACCCCGACUUCGCGGCCCUCUUUGCGAUGAAUAAUUUUAUGCCAUUUUUGGAUUUACUUCAGAAAGAAUCGGUCAAAUUCGACGCCUGCAAAGCCAUUGUCGACUCGUUCAUCAAAAACUUCAAUCCAUCCGUUGAAGAGGUGAACGAAGAGUUGGUCACCACAUCAGAUCCAGUGAUACUAAAUUCCAUGACAUAUCUGUGCAAAGCAUUACACGAUUCAGUGAAUGCCCUGACUCUGGAGGACGAGAGAAGACAAAUCUCUCAAUUAGUCAUUUCAUUCUUAAAACGCGUUUCUUUUGGCGGAGACUUUGAGUCGGAAUUAAAUUUUUAUGUCGACUCGAGAGCCAACUUCUGUAAUCUGGAAUCAGUUCUUUGUUUUUUGGUGCAAAGGGUGAAUACACUUGCGAUGGAAACGAGACGUAUUGUUAAGGGCUUCCACACUAAGAAGACCAACUCGUUUGUCAGGGCUUGCAUUGCCUACUCUUUCAUCACAAUCCCAUCACUCGAUGACGUGAUACUACGUCUUCAGCUAUACUUAUCCAGCAGUUAUGUGUCACUAAUAAACGGAUGUCUUCCACAAACGGAUUCAUUUCUUAAGACUGCCAUAACUCUGAUCCAACAGUUGCCCCAACAAAUAGAGUCCAGUGAUGGUCGACCCAAAUCUACAGAACCAUUCCUCUUGUCAUAUAUCUCUCAGUUGUUGUCCUUCUUAUUAAUAGUUCCCGAUAAUCCUGAUGGUCCCGAACCUCUCUAUCUAUUCAAAGUCGAUUCAAACGACACACUAUACGGAAACGACAGUCAAUUUAUGGAUCAAAUAAGUUCUUUGAGUUCAUCCGUUUUGAACGAUCUCUUAGAAUACCUAAAACUAUUGGCAGAUGAAGGGCAAUACAAAAGACAGUCAUCCCUGGCUUUGGAGCUGUUUUGUCGGAUCAUAUCUCACGGCGAUGUGAGACAAAUGCAUAAACUUCUCAUCAAUUUAUGGCAAUUAUCUAAAAAGACUUCUUCGCCCGAUAUCAAGCGAUCAGAAAUUGCUAUCAAAUACUUAAGACAAAAGGCUAAUCACUCAUCGAAUCCGGUUCUCUUGGACCUGUUAUCCAAAAUUGGACAAUAGAUCAUAGAUUAUAAACUUUAUAUCAUUUUAUAUACUGUAUUAUUAGAGAUCCCAAUUGGCAC